AUGAUGGACGAGCACGACCAAGACACCUUCACCUCAGUCACCUGGGACAACAAGGACGCCGCAGACUCCCAGCCCGUCUUCACCUCGAUGCCCAACCCAGCCUCGGAUCCGCACUCGUCGUCCCCAGCACCGGGACCCUCGUCCAGCGCCGCCGUAUCCGCAGGUCCCAGCAGGCUCGCAACCGCAUACGACAACGACGACGCCACCAGGCUCUCCUGGGCCGGAUACCUCAUGGUCCAGGUCCUCGACCCCAGAAAGGAGCUCGAGGGUCAAAAGGACUCGUUCAUCUCCUACGGCAUCCGCGCAGAGACCAACCUCGCCCACUUCUCCAGGACCUACAUGGCAACAAGGAGGAGGUUCAACGACUUUACCUUUCUCAGAGACGGCCUCAAGCGCGACUUUCCCGCCUGCAUCGUCGCACCCCUCCCCGAAAAGCACCGGUUAGAGUACCUCACCGGCGACCGCUUCAGCCCCGAGUUCAUCGAGAAGCGAACCGCAGACCUCCAGCUGUUUCUCGAGAGAAUAUGCCGGCACCCCACUCUCCAGCGCAGCCAGCUGCUCAGAAGCUUUCUCGAGUCGACGGAAUGGCAAGUCGACAUGCAUGCCCACAACUCUUCGCACAACAUCCUCGCCUCGGGCUCUGGAACCGGCGGCGGCUCGCUCAUUUCGGGAUCGCAGCACGAGAACACGGCGCCCCCCAGCCUCCUCGACAGCCUCUCCGACACUCUCCUCAACGCCUUCACAAAGGUCAGGAAGCCCGACGAGCGCUUCCUCGAGAUCCGCGACAGCAUCGACAAGCUCGAAGAGGGCCUGUCUGGCACGGAACGCGUCCUCGCGCGCAACCGCUCCCGCAUCUCAGACCUGUCGACCGACUACGAGGACCUGGCGACGAGCUUUGAAGGGCUCGGCUACCUCGAGAGCGGCAUCACCGAUCCGCUCAACCGCUUCGCCUCGACGAUGCUCGAGUUUGCCAGGCUGCAGCGCAUCACGUCGGCCCGCUCGACCGACUCGAUGCUGUCUCAGAUGCACGCGCUGCUGUCGUACGCCAAUUCGCACAAGUCGGUGCUCAAGCUGCGCGACACCAAGCAGCUGGAUUUCGAGGAGCUGACCGACUACCUGUCGGGCGUCGUGUCGGAGCGCGACCGGCUUGCGAGCCUGUCGAGCCCGCACGGCGCGGGGCACGGCCACGGCGGGGUGCGCGGCGCGGGGAUCGGCGGGUACCUCAAGGACAAGGUGGACAGCUUCCGGGGCGUCGACGAGGAGAGGACGAGGGUGGAGAGGAUGCAGAGGCUCGACGGACGCAUCAAGGAGCUGCAAGACGCGGUGACGUCUGCGCACGACACAUCGCAGGCGUUUAACAACGAGGUGUUCAAGGAGCACGAGAUCUUCAAGCUGGCCAAGGAGCAGGAGAUGCGCGACAUUCUGUCGACGUACGCCGAGGGGCAGAUUGAGCUCUACUCGAAGGCGAUGGAGAGCUUUGACCGGCUGAUUCCGCAGCUGGAAAAGAUCCGCGUGGCGUAG